GCCUCAAGCACAUAUAGAGCCUCUAUUUUUGUUGGACUCAACCAACCAACGUCUCCAAAAAAGUGUUGAAACAAUCAGAGGCUUCUCGGUAUUGCUAGCGAAAAAACUAUGCUCAAGUUAGCAAAAGAAAUGUUUGCCAUGGAAGGAGCUCAAAGCUGUGACAAUGCUCAUGUAAAGAGAGUGCCAUCGUCUCCAGAAGAAGAUGGAACUCUCAAGAAUUGUCUCGAGACUUUUGGCACUGGUCAAAAUCAGAUGUUUUCGCUAAGAAAAGCUGGAAUUUCUAAAGGAUCUAGUCCUCAACUCUUCUAUCGAUGCCUCAUUCUACUACUGCUCCUAGUGAACCUUGCUCCUCUUUCCAAUGGAGAUGUUGGCACAGCGGCCCAAUACGAAGCUCCAUUCUCACCCACUGCAUGUUAUGGAACCAAUGAGGCACAAUUCCCGUCGAGUGAAGAGUUCGGAUCAGCUGGCGAGGCGAUAUGGGACAAUGGUGAGGCCUGCGGGAGACUAUAUGAAGUGCAGUGCAUAAGUGGCCCUGAUCCCACAACUUGCAUUCCAGGCCAGAUAGUUCAAGUAAGGAUUGUCGAUCAUGCACUUACUUCGGUCUCGAGGCCUUCCUGGGAUGAUGCUACCAUGGUUCUUUCUACGACUGCAUUUGGGAAGAUCUCCAACGCAUCUGCUACAUUUAUUAACAUACAAUACAUCCCGGCUUGAGGAGGACAUACCAUUAUAUUGAUUUAUCAAGUGGGGAAGGGGACCUGACUGUUUGUCAUGUCAUUGUGGUUGAUUGGUGCAAGGAUAUAAGAGAUUGGGCAGCAGAGAACUUGUUUUCAUAUUGCUGUUCCAAGUAUUUUACACAGAAUUUAUUAAAAAUAAAAGAGUAUUUUACACAGUUGUAAGUUUA